AUGAACAUAUCUGAGGAAACUUCUGUAGCUGUUGGUGAUGGGUCAAAUUCAAGUGAUUAUUUUGGCAGACAUACUAUUGCAAAUGCUGCUGCUAAAGUUGGACCUUCCGUUGUUACUAUUGUGGUUUCCCAAGAUUUGAAUGGUAUUACUACCAAAAGGAGUAUAGGAUCGGGAACCAUCAUCGACAAGGAUGGUACAAUCUUGACAUGUGCUCAUGUCGUGGUUGAUUUUCAAGGAACCAGAAGUUUUUACAAAGGGAAGGUUGAAGUCACUUUGCAAGAUGGAAGGACAUUUCAGGGUAAAGUGGUAAAUGCUGACAUGCAUUCAGAUAUUGCUAUUGUGAAGAUCAAUUCUGAAACCCCACUACCAGAAGCAAAACUUGGUUCUUCAAGUACGCUUCGUCCUGAGGAUUUAGUAAUAGCCAUGGGCUGUACGCAUUCCCUUCAGAAUACUGUCACUUUGGGCAUUGUAAGUUGUGUUGACUGGAAAAGUAGUGAUUUGGGUUUUAAUGGCACGCCAAGAGAGUAUUUACAAACAGAUUGUGCAAUCAAUGUGGGAAAUUCUGGAGGACCUCUUGUCAACAUGGACGGAGAAGUUAUUGGUGUGAACCUCAUGAAAAUGAUGGUUGCUGAUGGGUUGAGUUUUUCUGUACCAAUCGACUCUGUGCCUAAAAUUAUAGAGCAUUUCAAGAAAAAUGGUUGUGUUGACCGGAAAAGUAGUGAUUUGGGUUUUAAUGGCACGCCAAGAGAGUAUUUACAAACAGAUUGUGCAAUCAAUGAGGGAAAUUCUGGAGGACCUCUUGUCAACAUGGACGGAGAAAUUAUUGGUGUGAACCUCAUGAAAAUGAUGGCUGCUGUUGGUUGUGUUGACCGGAAAAGUAGUGAUUUGGGUUUUAAUGGCACGCCAAGAGAGUAUUUACAAACAGAUUGUGCAAUCAAUGAGGGAAAUUCUGGAGGACCUCUUGUCAACAUGGACGGAGAAGUUAUUGGUGUGAGCCUCAUGAAAAUGAUGGCUACUGUUGGGUUGAGUUUUUCUGUACCAAUUGACUCUGUGCCUAAAAUUAUAGAGCAUUUCAAGAUUUUAAUGGCACGCCAAGAGAGUAUUUACAAAUAG